AUGUCUGCAGCCUAUCUAGCGACAGAGCGCCGCGUGGCCAUCGAGGCCGUGCAGGCCGCGUGCUCGAUCACGACCAAGGUAUUCCAGAGCCUCGUGUCGAGCGAGUCGAUCACGAAGAAGGACAAGUCGCCCGUGACGAUCGGCGACUACAGCGCACAGGCGGCCGUGAACGAGGUGCUCUCGAAGCACUUUCCCGAUGACGGCAUCGUCGGCGAGGAGGACUCGAACGACCUGCAGGGCGAGUCCGGCGCAGAGAUGCGCGGCAAGGUGUCGCAGCUCGUGAACGAUGCGCUGCUCGCCCACGACCAGGUCAAGGCGCCCCUCUCGGACACGCAGCUCCUCAACGCGAUCGAUCUCGGAUCAUAUGCAGGCGGCGCGUCGAAGCGCUUCUGGGCGCUCGACCCGAUCGACGGCACCAAGGGCUUCCUGCGCGGCGGCCAGUACGCCGUGUGCCUUGCGCUGCUGGUCAACGGCCGCGUGGAGCUGGGCGUGAUGGGCUGCCCCAACCUGCCGCUGGACCCGUCACAGCCGAAGCCGGCGGACGGCGAGAUCCGCGCCAAGGACAUUCCCGGCCUCGGCGCCAUGUUUGUCGCUGUGCGCGGCCAAGGCGCGUUUAUGCGUUCCAUCGAGGGCGACCAGGUGAAGGAGACGCCGAUCCACAUGCGCGACCUUCACGGCGACUUUGCCAAGGCCGUCUUUUGCGAGUCGGUCGAGGCUGGCCACUCGUCGCUCGGCACAAACGCGCGCAUCGCCGAGCUGCUCGGCAUGUCCAAGGACAAGUCGGUGCGCAUGGACAGCCAGGCAAAGUACGCGAGCAUUGCGCGCGGUGACGGCGACGUGUAUCUGCGCCUUCCCGUCGGCGACGGCACCUACCAAGAAAAGAUCUGGGACCACGCCUCGGGUGUCGUGCUUGUCGAAGAAGCCGGCGGAAAAGUGUCCGACAUUGCCGGCCGCCCCCUUGACUUUAGCCGGGGACGCACGCUCAGCGGCAACCGCGGCGUGAUCGCGUGCCUCGAUCAGAUGCACCCCGAGCUUACCGCUGCCGUAGCCAAGGCGCUCACCGAAGAGGGCCGCGAUGCGCUCCUCGCGCCCCCUGCGUAG